AUCUGAAUGCAGGGCAUGACUUCAUAAUGGAAUGAGACGCAAAACUCAUUCAAAACAGUCUGAUGAAGAAUCCAAGGCUUUGAAUUGCUUUCGCAGCGUCAUCUCAGCUGAAACACCGUAUAUCUAGUGCACUGAUUACGGCUGCUUUUUCAAUCGAUCUUUUACCUUUUUCCUUUGGAGGGAUAUGUCUACUCUAAUAAGCUAUUUUAAAAACGGACGCGUGAUGCAUUUCAGUAUUUAUUUCAUGAUUUCAUUUGAACGUGAAACCAUUUGGUGAUGGGGAAGAGCAUGAAGGGAUAGUCAUUUGUUGGCUUUUGGGGGGAGUGUGGUGACCGAAAGCGGUUGUAUCGGCGUCGGCUAUAUCAUAGUGCUCCAAUCUUAAGUCUAUUUUUUGUGGUAGAGCCUUUGGCAAUCAGCAUAUGUUCUCUCCGUCUCUGGUACGUGGGGGAGGCGGAGAGAGACGGGCUGUGGGAGAAGGCGGUUUAUUACCCGUGGAGCAAAACACAGUUUAUUUAGAGGGAUGAAUCGUAUGCAUUUUUUGCAAGUGGACUACAAAACUAAUUUUUGACUGCAGCAUUUGGCGUAUUUUCUCUGUGGCAAAUUAUACAGAAAACCAUCACUGCUGAGCAAGGCGCCCACCAGACCACUGCAAUUUCUGGGCAAAGAUAGACUGGCGUCGUCUUGCGGAUAGGCUUCUAUGGCAGCAUAUGGCAUCUUCUGAAGGGAAGAAUCCACGAAUCGUUUGCAUUUUAGAAUGUAUUUUUAGCAGAAUGCAGUGACGGGAUUUUGAACCCAGCAUCAUUAGCCUACGCGGUUUCCGGUUCCUAGCUGGUGUUUCCCCAUUGCAAAAUUAUCUGAAAAAGCAGCGGAUCCCGAUGGCAUGGACACUUACGCAAGGUCUGCCGCGCUGCCGUGCUACUGGAGCCUAUUUGCUGUCUCUCCCUUCAACCCAGCUCCACCGCCAUCGCCCCGCAGCCCAGAGAGCCCUGCCGCAACGCGACCAGCGACCACCGAGCCAAAGCAGGCGGCAUGAGGCUUGAUUCAGUACAUUUAUCCAUGCUGGUCAUCGGGGUCUCUUUCGCCUGCUACUCCCCGAGUUUGAAUUCUCUGCAGGACCAGGCUUACAAUUCCGCCGUGGUGAUCGAGGGCAAGGUGCAGUCCGCGCCUCUGAACGACUCAGUCGAGGCGUACAGUGUGAAUGUCAAAGUGCUGGACUUGUGGCCGCGGAACGGCGGAGGUCUGGAACGGGAGCAGCUCGUCACCGUGGGGGAAUUCGGAUCGGAGGCUCUUUGCACCACAGUGAUAAAGAAUCACAAGUAUAUUUUUUUCAUGGACCCAACUGAUGAGCCUCUGGUUUUCAAGGCGUCGUAUGCUCCCAUAGACACUCGUGGGAAUAGUCUAAAAAAAGAUGUUGGGAGGAUCUUGUGUGAAAACUGCGCUAAUGCCCCAAAGUUGAAGCGGUUGAGGAACCUGAUGGUGGAAGAGGGGAGCAGGCUCACGGUCAAGUGUGAAGCUACAGGAAACCCCAGCCCUACCUACAAAUGGUUCAAAGAUGGCAGUGAGCUCAAGAAGAGCAGAGAUGUCAAAAUAAAGUCCAGCCAGAAGAACUCCAGGGUCCAGAUCAGCAGAGCCAAGCUGGAGCAUUCUGGGAAUUACACGUGUGUGGCAGAGAACCUUCUGGGGAACUCCAACUCCACGAGCACUGUUCAUGUCCAAAGUAUAACUACCACACCGUCUCCAGGCUCGGGCCAUGCCAGAAGAUGCAAUGACUCAGAGAAGGCCUACUGCGUGAACGGCGGCGACUGUUACUUCAUACAUGGUAUCAAUCAGUUCUCCUGCAAAUGUCCAGAUGGAUUCUUCGGCCAGCGGUGUUUGCAAACAGAGCCGCUGCGGUUGCGCAUGCCCAAUCCUUACAAAAAAGCUGAAGAGCUCUACCAGAAGAGAGUCCUGACAAUCACGGGGAUCUGCGUGGCUCUGCUGGUGGUGGGCAUUGUGUGUGUGGUGGCCUACUGCAAAACCAAGAGACAGAGGAAGAAGAUGCACAAUCACCUGCAGCAGAACAUGUGUGCAGAUCACCCAAACCGGAACCUAGCGAACGGACCCAAUCACCCAGGACCUGGCCCUGAGGAGAUACCCAUGGUAGAUUACAUCUCUAAGAAUGUGCCUGCAACGGAGCGAGUCAUAGGGCAUGUACCAGAGGACUCGUUCCCAGGCAGCCAUGCGUCUUCCAGAUCUCACAACUCCUCUACCCAUGCCCAUUCAUCCACUCACAGACACGAAGAGCGGACAUGGAGCCUGGAGCGGACUGACAGUGUCCUCUCAGACUCACCAGGCAUGAUGUCGUCCUCCGUGGGGACCAGUAGGUGCAACAGUCCUGCGUGCAUGGAGGCCCGGGCCAGGCGUGCCGCACACUGUGGCUCUACUGUGCCCCACCGGCCGGGCCUGCAGUACGAAGACUCGUUCGAUUCGCUGGGGGACUCUCCACACAGCGACAGGUAUGUGUCAGCCCUGACAACGCCGGCCCGCCUGUCUCCAGUGGACUUCUUUUACUCGCUGUCCCCACAGGUGCCUUCCUUCCAGAUCACCUCCCCCAACACCAGCCAGGCCAUGUCCCUGCCACCCGCCGCCCACACCCCCUACCCCCCGGAGGAUGACCAGCCUCUGAUGCGGCGCUACCAGGUGCCCCUGCAUGACGUCCAGCGCCAGGAGCCCUACCGGCAGCAGCGCCGCACCUACCUGAACGACAGCACGGGCAGCCUGCCCUCUAGUCCCUACAGGCUGGCUGAGGAAGAAGACUACGAGACCACACAGGAGUACCUCUCCUCCCGUGAACAACCAAAGAAAAGUGGGACCGGCAGUGGUGGUGUUGGGGGUCGGCGGAGGUCCAGACAGAACGGCUACGUAGCGCCGAGAGGAUACGAGGCGUCACAGGACUACGGCUCUCGCAGCUGCCUGAUGGACAGCGAGUCGGAGGGGGAGGGUGAGAGCACGCCCUUCCUCAGUAUGCAGAAUAUGAAUGCGGAGCCGUCCACCAUCUGCAGGCCCGCCAACAGUAGGACUUCUCAGUCACACUCUUCAGGGCGGCACGGUGCAGGUGGGACUGUACAGACCAGACAGACACACUCAUCUUCAGGGCGGCACGGUGCAGGUGGGACUGUACAGACCAGACAGACGUCCUCACGGUCCAAACCGGACAAUGUACGCAUUAAAGAAAGAAGAUGAGCUACCAACGAAAAUCAAUAUAGUAUAAACCUGCACCUAUACAAAAUAUUUUUAUUUUAUAUAACUGACAGAUAUUCUAAACAAAUGAAAUAUUUAUUUUCAUUUUUAGCAAAAGUUGUCUACUAGUUAACAGCAAAGACUUUUUUAUAGGGAAAACUCUAUUUAUAUGUACAUUUUGAUUUACAGUAUAAAAAGACGUGCCAAUUUUUUCACAACUUCAAACAUUGAGUAAUAUUGUGGUGCCUUUUGCUGUAUUCCGAUGGCAGAGGGCCAGUGGACGUUUUCUUAUAUGGACAUCAUAUUUUAUACACGUUUCCUCUUUUGUUUUCUUUUUUGAGCUUUUUGUUUUUUCUUCUUUUCAGGCUGCGUUCUUCUGGGAGUCGAGCCCCAUUUGAACAUUACCCUUCCCCUUCCACAUCAUGCAAUAUAAACCACUUGAUCAUAAGGUGUAUGUUUACAUGAAUAUAAUUCACCUGUAGGGUUUAUCAUUUUGGGACUCUCCAGUAGAACAUCUGAUCAAUGCAACGCAGGUCCUUGCUCUCUGAGUGGGGAGGAGUGUUUGUGUGUGCGUAAGUGCGUGUACUCACGUGUUUGUGUGCGUAUUCGUGUGUGUGUGUGUGGGGGGGGGGUUGUGUACAGCUAUGCUUGUGCGUGUGUGAGUGUUAGAUGUCCUAAUGUGUUGUUGUACCAACCAACUGGUUGCUAUCUUGGGCGCCAAAGCAAUUGUAUCAGUAGAGGAAAGCUGCAGGUGCACAGUGAAGAUCAGCCUGGGUUCCAGGGUUACGCUGCUGUUGGGUACAUAAUUCUGUUGGGUAGAGAGUUCUGUUGGGUACAGAGUUCUUUUGGGUAAAGAGUUCUGUUGGGUAGAGAGUUAUGUUGGGUACAGAGUUAUGUUGGGUACAGAGUUCUGUUGGGUACAGAGUUAUUUUGGGUACAGAGUUCUUUUAGGUACAGAGUUAUGUUGGGUAGAGAGUUAUGUUGGGUAGAGUUAUGUUCGGUAAAGAGUUCUUUUAGGUACAGAGUUAUGUUGGGUAGAGAGUUAUGUUGGGUAGAGAGUUAUGUUGGGUAGAGUUAUGUUCGGUACAGAGUUCUUUUGGGUACAGAGUUCUUUUAGGUACAGAGUUAUGUUGGGUAGAGAGUUAUGUUGGGUAGAGUUAUGUUCGGUACAGAGUUCUUUUAGGUACAGAGUUAUGUUGGGUAGAGUUCUUUUGGGUAAAGAGUUCUGUUGGGUAGAGAGUUAUGUUGGAUAGAGAGUUAUGUUGGGUAGAGAGUUAUGUUGGGUAGAGAGUUAUGUUGGGUAGAGAGUUCUGUUGGGUAGAGAGUUAUGUUCGGUACAGAGUUCUUUUGGGUGAAGAGUUCUGUUGGGUAGAGAGUUCUGUUGGGUAGAGAGUUCUUUUGGGUGGGGAGUUCUGUUGGGUAGAGAGUUAUGUUGGGUAGAGAGUUAUAUUGGGUACAGAGUUCUUUUGGGUAGAGAGUUCUGUUGGGUAGAGAGUUCUGCAUGUCAUUGCUUGAUGUGUGUUUACAGCUGCCCCACCUUUGUUUCCUGGCCCCCUCCUUGUACCAACAGGGUAAGGUUUAUCUCCUGGCCCCCUCCUUGUACCAACAGAGUAAGGUUUGUUUCCUGGCCCCCUCCUUGUACCAACAGGGUAAGGUUUGUUUCCUGGCCCCCUCCUUGUACCAACAGGGUAAGGUUUGUUUCCUGGCCCCCUCCUUGUACCAACAGGGUAAGGUUUGUUUCCUGGCCCCCUCCUUGUACCAACAGGGUAAGGUUUGUCUCCUGGCCCCCUCCUUGUACCAACAGGGUAAGGUUUGUUUCCUGGCCCCUCCUUGUACCAACAGGGUAAGGUUUGUUUCCUGGCCCCCUCCUUGUACCAACAGGGUAAGGUUUGUUUCCUGGCCCCUCCUUGUACCAAGAGGGCAAGGUUUGUCUCCUGGCCCCCUCCUUGUACCAACAGGGUAAGGUUUGUCUCCUGGCCCCCUCCUUGUACCAACAGGGUAAGGUUUGUUUCCUGGCCCCCUCCUUGUACCAACAGGGUAAGGUUUGUCUAAUGGCCCCCUCCUUGUACCAACAGGGUAAGGUUUGUCUCCUGGCCCCCUCCUUGUACCAACAGGGUAAGGUUUGUUUCCUGGCCCCCUCCUUGUACCAACAGGGUAAGGUUUGUCUCCUGGCUCCUUACUGGUCCCACCAGGGUAAGGUUUGUCUCAUGGUAGCCUCCUUGUCCUGGCUGAUUCUGAAGAAGAAAUGUCGUUGGCCAGUGUCUCAGUUGGUCUGGAGAUAUCCCUGCCAUCAGUGAUAGUGGCUCAAUACAAAGAGACAAAACUAAAAGCAAGAACAUCCCAUGAAUGUAUAUCUUUCUCCCAUCACCCAUGCCUCCUCCUCCUCAUCAUCCUCCUCAGCUGUCCAUUGUAUACCUGUGGCCAAAGUAAAGGUUCGCACAGCAUCUCAGGACUUCCACCCACCCCUCUGCCCCCUCUUCCCCUCUCUCUCUCCCCCUCUCCCUCCACCAAAAUAUUUCCCUAAGACUAAGCCCCCCCCCCCUCCAAGGACAUAAAGAACACGUCCAACAUGCUAUCCCUCUGAGCACUCCCAUCUAAAGAGAAGGAAAUGAGAGUGGAAUCUGGGUGGAGAACAAAACAGAAUAUAACAGAAUAAAACAGAAUAGAACAGAAUAGAACAGAAUAGAAUAGAGUAGAGCAGAACAGAAUAGAACAGAACAGAACAGAAUAGAAUAGAAUAGAAUAGAAUAGAAUAGAAUAGAAUAGAGUAGAGCAGAACAGAAUAGAACAGAAUAGAAUAGAAUAGAGUAGAGCAGAACAGAAUAGAACAGAAUAGAAUAGAGUAGAGCAGAACAGAAUAGAACAGAAUAGAGUAGAGCAGAACAGAAUAGAACAGAAUAGAAUAGAGUAGAGCAGAACAGAACAGAAUAGAGUAGAGCAGAACAGAAUAGAACAGAAUAUAAUAGAGUAGAGCAGAACAGAACAGAAUAGAAUAGAAUAGAGUAGAGCAGAACAGAAUAGAACAGAAUAGAGUAGAGCAGAACAGAAUAGAACAGAAUAGAAUAGAGUAGAGCAGAACAGAAUAGAACAGAAUAGAACAGAACAGAACAGAAUAGAACAGAACAGAAUAGAGUAGAGCAUAACCGAAUAGAACAGAACAGAAUAGAGUAGAACAGAACAUAAUAGAGUAGAACAGAACAGGAUAGAACAGAAUAGAAUAGAGUAGAACAGAACAGAUUAGAAUAGAACAGAACAGAAUAGAGUAGAGCAGAACAGAAUAGAAUAGAACAGAACAGAAUAGAGUUGAACAGAACAGAAUAGAAUAGAACAGAAUAGAAUAGAACAGAACAGAAUAGAGUAGAGGAGAAUAGAAUAGAACAGAACAGAACAGAACAGAAUAUAAUGGAGUAGAGCAGAACAGAAUAGAACAGAAUAGAGUAGAGCAGAACAGAAUAGAAUAGAGUAGAGCAGAACAGAAUAGAAUAGAGUAGAAGAGAACAGAAUAGAACAGAACAGAAUAGAGUAGAACAGAACAGAAUAGAACAGAAUAGAAUAGAGUAGAGCAGAACAUACUAAACCAAUACAAGAGAAAUAGCUGUGAAACUUUGGAGGAUCAUAAAAUGCCCAAAUAUGCAAACUUUCUAUUUUGCUCUGUUUGAUGACAUCAUUUUCUAAGAGGUGUGUUGUGUGAAACAUGUAAUGCCUAUUGUGCAGGAGAAGUAACAUGAUAUCAAUACAUAUUUACAUCCAUUCUUAUGUUUCAUGCAGUUAUGCAGCGCCGGCUCAAAUUGUCAAUUUUCCUCAUUCACAGAUUCAUGUCCAUUGACCGAUUGUGUUCAUGAAUUCUUAUCUCACCGAGUCCAGACCAAGCAAGUCUACAGUAAUGACUAAUCACGUUAAAGGGUCUCAUUCACUAAUGUUGAGUGCUGCUCGGUCUUGUGGAUAAGGAUAAUAAUGUUGCUUGUUAUGAAGUAUGUCACUAACAGGUUUGGAAGUUAAUUUCAUACCUGUCAUAAAUGUUGGAGUAAAUGGUUCUGACAAUGCAUUUGAAAUGAUUGUUGAUAAUCCUGCAAAACUGGUUAUAUACAUUCUAAAAUAUAACCAAAAAAAUGAAAUGACUCUACCAGGACAAAAUCAUCAGAUGAAUCGAGGUCAAAAGUAAACUGAUAAGUAGGAUUUAAAACACAACGGCUGUAAGAUGAAGGCACAUUGACAAAGACACGUAGACACGUAGACAUCUCACAAAUGGAUUUUCUCUCAUUUCGGUUUCUCACACUCUGAGUGUAAUUUUGUAUGUUUGAAAAAUGUAAAAGAAGACAGUAGUUCUAGUUUAAAUGUGAUAUUUCCCCAACCUUGCCCCCCUACUCACCCAGUAGAAGUGCUGCCAGGUUUCUCUUUUUCUUCCCUUGCUUGACAUGUUUCAGCACCUCUCCUCUGCAUGUACUUGUGGUCAAGGUAUAUGGGUGCAUGGUGGUGAAAAGCAGCAGUCAGUUCAUUUUCAGUCAGUGGAAGUGUAUUUCAUUUAACAUUCAGCAAUAAAAAUACCCCCCCCCCCAUCUCCAUUCUAGGAAUAUGCUAGAAAAAAAGUACAAAUGCGAGAUUGUCAUAGAUUGUAAAAUAAAAUUUAAAAAAUAAUCCACAAAAUAAAUCUUGAUUCAUAUCAUUUUAACAUAAAGUGGUCAUCUCUGUGCAGGACCUUGGUGUGUGUUUUGAGAUAUCCUUAGCCAUUGGGCUGAGGUACUGUAUGGCUGGUUUUUAUAACCUUUCUGCUUGUGACUUUUGUUUCCAGUAUCUGAAGUGUGUGGUUCCUGUGAAA